UCUCGACAAUCGCGAUAAGUUUAUGGAAUCGUUGCUCGUUGAACAUUCUCUAUCUAUGUUAUAUAAUUGUAUAAUGUUUCAUACUAUGUCUACUAUCGAAAAACAACGAAUAGGAAGAAGAAGAAGAAGAAGAGGAAGAAGGGGGGAGGGGGGAAGAGAAUCAUAUAUAUAUAUGUCUAAACUUCGCGUGACUAACGCUUGACGCUAUCUACUCAAGCUUAAACGUUCCGAGAUGGAUGCUUCUCUCGAUCCCACGAGAUUACUUUUCUAUCUCGACUUCUUAUAUAAAUGAUUGAUUUAUAUAAUCAUUACUUGUCAAAAAUCGAUUAAACUCUCUUUCUCUUUUUAACGCGUUUAUUACCGAUCGAUUAUAUUAAAUAAUAUAAAAACCGAGUGGAAUGGAUAAUCUUUUUAUUCGAGAAAAAGUAUCGAACGUUGCCUUUGGAAACGUCGACCUUCGACCGAACAUAAAUUUUUCAGGGUGCGAUCGUAAAGCGUACAUCGGAGCGACCGUAAGAAACGAAAUGUACUACGUUGGAAUUGGUGUGUGCAAUGCGAGACGAGGGAAAAUAUCGGAAUAAUUUAUAUCGCGCAUCAAGAUCCGUGUUAUCUUCGCGGGCCUAAUGUAGGCUGGACGAAACUACUGAGUUAAGGGGAUGGAGGAGGUCACAAGUUCAAAAGUUCAGUCGUUUAUAAAUGUCUCCCGAUUCUACGAACAGCGAGGUGAUUCGAAAUCUGGGCAUUAAUAAAUCACUAAAUUAUUCGUCAAUCGUGAAGUUGUCUUUCCGAAAAACGAAUUAUAAACGAGGACGUUAUAUAUAAUCGUAUAUUCGUUUGUUCGUUUAUUAAUCCUAUUUUACGAUCGUAUUUACGAUAUAGAUCGGAUUAUGGUAUGGAUCUGUUAAAGCGACAGAUGAAAACCUGAUAUUAUUUUCGCGAUAAUCUUUGAUACGAGACAAACAUUUCAAAGCUUUCGAUAAAAGAUAUCAUUGAUCGAGAUUGCCAAGAAAGGCGACGGAUCAAAGAACGAUCGUAAAUGUUAAAAGCUUUAUGGUUCUCUCUACGAUGCGUAAAACGCGUAUAAAUUCAAAGAACGCAUAUACCGAUUAAGUUUAUAGCUUCGAAACGAUAGGUAUUUCAUGGCGAAGCUUUGAAAUUGCGUCGAUUUAUAUAUCUAUUCUGGCAUCUAGUAGAACGCUCUCCUUUCGUUCUAUCUCCUUUACGUGCCAAAUCAGUACAUUUUAUCGACGUUAACGCACUCUCGUGAUCUUAUAAAAUAACUAGAAAACUCGAUGCACAAGACCGCUUUAACGAUUCGUUAUAAAUACGACAUUGUAUACAUCAUUCCUCGUUUUAAUUCAACGAUGUGCCCUAACAAAAGCGAGUCUUUGGAUUCGUUGAAAAACAUUUGCUAGGACCAGUAGUAUUCCUUCGAAAGAAAGGAUACUCUGGUGAAAAGAGUGUUUCAUUUCCCGUGUCUCGCCAUUUGCUUUAUGAAGGAACCACCCUCUUAGAGCUAUCGCGAGGUUACGGCCUUAGGGCAGAGAGCAAACGAGAAAGAUAGAGAGUGAAAGAGAAAGAGGAAGAAGCGGAAGAGCUGGAAGCGUUGCUUCUCUCCGUUCUACGUUCUCUCCUCACCUCGUUUCGAAACCCUCUCUAGAGUGAUAUUGUCAGCAUUUGGUGCCUUUAUAUAUCGAAUCUCUCAAAUAGAGCAGUGGAUUCGAAGUGUUCUGGCUUGCGGUAUUAAGCAAGAACUCUCGAGAGCCUCUCGGCGAUUGAACAAUCGCGAUCUCCGGGACAAAAGAUACAAAUCUUUCUCUUUCUUUAAAAAAGAACCAGUCGACUCCGCGUCUUUAAAACACGUUCUUAUAUUGAUUUAGCAUUGUACCCUCCCAUGGCUUCUCAUUUUUUAUCCCCAUCGUUUGCUCUUUCCCAAUCUCUCUUUCUCCCUCCCAUCUCUCUCACUUUCUCCAACUUUCUCCCCUUUUCUCUUCUUCCCACCCCUCCUCUUUUUCUCUCUCUCUCUCUCUCUGUUUCUAUCCUUCUAAUAGAACAGAAGGAUAGUCUCAAGAAGCGAACUUCGUGAAAAGACCCGUAAAUGCCCAAUUUUGUUGGAACACUAGUUGCUCGACUGCUCGAAGCGUUUAUGUUCGAGACACGAAGAUCAUGCCGCGAAUACGAAUGUUGGAAAUAGGUUGGCUGUAUUCGAUGUCUACUUAGGAAUUCUAUUUCAAUUCGUCUCGUGUUCGCUUCACGCUCUUUCCACGACGAUUGAGUAACGUAGUUUGUUUAAUCGGAUUUGAAUAUUAGAUAAUAUGAAGCUGCAAGAUACUAGAUGGCAAGGUUGAUAGUUAAUUUAAUUUAGCAAUUGAUUUACAAAAGUAUCUCCCGUCGACGAAUCGACGAUUGAAUUACGGAUUUAUAGAAAAGAAAUAUUUCAAAGAGAUUGAUGAAGAAUAUUAGGAAAUAUUGCUUAGAAUUUUCUUUUUUUUUUUUUUAAAGGAACGUCGUUGAUCAUGCAAAUUAAACAGCAUUUUCUGCGCCUUCAUUUUAUUCCUCCAAAUCCAACAUAAAUCUUAAAGAAAAAGUGUCCUUUUCCCGGUCACGUAUUUUACCAUUGCCGGAGAACCAAAGUACCGUCUCGCUCGAUUGCUAUGUAAACGGUCUACUAACUUAACAGCUGACUGAAAGGAAAGAGCCACGGUACUUACUCCUGCACACAGAGACUUCUACGAGCGUAUCAUUAAAAAGCCAACUUUAGUUAGAUCUUUUUAAUUCAAAACCAUGCGCCAACGAGGAAUUUACGAUGGACGUAGCUGUUUGUACUUUUCAAAGAAGAAUCUACAUUAAAUCCAACGAGAGAGUAAGUUAUUGGGGUACUCCGAAUACUAUUAAAUUCACCGCUCGCCGAUAUAAAAAGAGAAAGAAAGAGAAAAAGAGAGAGAAAGAGAGAGAAAGAGAGAGAGAGAGAGAGAGAGAAGGUGCGGCGGUCUUCGUCGAAAGCUCAAUCGUCGAUAGAAGGAAGCACCCUUGGUGUAGAAUAGCCUUUUUACCAAGCAAUAGCUCGAAACACAGAAGAAUACCAGCGACAAGAGCAGCGCGAUCAACAGAAACAGAAAACCCGCUUGACUCGGCGUUGUUGAAAACGUUUGGACGAUGGCGCCACCGUGAAAGAACGCGUCCAACCCUCGAGAAUAGUAGAGACGAACGACGACGAAAUCCACCCCCCUCGCGAAAGCGCUCUUCCGGCAGCAGCAGCAGCACCAGUACCACCAGCAGCAGGGUGCUUUGGAAAGCCGCCAUUUCUGCCUAACACCCGCAGUCGCUAUAUUCGCGCUUUAAUGCCAAUGAAAUGUCAAGGCACGUCGGACGUUAUAGACUCGGCGACGUCGUCGGGACAUUCGGUUACUCAUUCGUGAGCUCGCGCAUCCUCGUUUUUUCGCGCGUUUCCGUGGCGUGUCGGUGUCGGUGGUGUCGUCGUUGGCCCUCGUCGUGCUCGUGCUCGUGCUCGUACAACGAGCGCCCGUACACGAGAGCCCAAAGAACGCCGUGAUAAUAUCGUAACGCAGCCUCCUGGAACUCGCGCCUUUCCAUCCUUGGCAGUGAGGUGACAAUUCAUAACCGGAUAAAUCCGGCCAAAUCACUCAAUAAGUGAUACGAAACUAAUCAAGGUACAAGAGCCUAAGGAUAAAAGCUCGAGGAGGAUCGAGGCCAGCCCUGAACGAUCGCUUGACCUUGGAGCACGAGGUGACCAGAGUGUCAGUAGGAAAGGAGACUAUACUGGCUGAACAGAGGGAACCCCUGAUCAAAAUCUCAUAUGCCUCGAACAACGGUCAGGUAAAGGGACUCGUUUAUCGGAGAUCGCUGCCGAAUCGGUUCGCGAUGAGCGAGCAAGAUGUGGACGACGUUGCCUUUUUGACAGAAGACAGCAACACCGGAUUGCACAAACGUAGCAUUUACGAGCCCAAUGGAAUCGUCUGCUCACAAAAAAGAGCACUCUGCAUAGCCACCGUCGUUUUCGCGCUACUUUUCGCCAUAUCACUCAUCAUUGCCUUCGCGGGACCACAAAAUGACUGCCCUUGCGCUGGACAAAGGCCAGCCAAUAUGGAAAUCGAAGACGAUGAAGAGAGCAACGAGCCUCUCGCGACUAAUGGGGAGGUGUUCCCAUGGAAUAACGUCAGGCUACCUACAUUCGUGCAUCCUACUAGGUAUAACAUCACCAUCCAUCCAAAUCUUACCACCUUAGAAGUUAAAGGACAGGUCACGAUCGAAUUCUACGUCGAUAAAGAGACCAAUUUUAUCGUCUUCCAUAGUAACAACUUGACAAUAAAUGAAAAGAUGGUCCAAGAUCGCAAAGGCCAUAGAUUGAAAAUCGCGAAAUUGCUGGAGUACCCGACGCACCAGCAAUUGUAUCUCCAACUGGAAGAGAGCAAAUUUCGAAAAAGGGGCAAUUACACGGUCCACCUGAGAUUCGUUUCAAAGCUGGCGAGUGAACUGGAGGGUUUUUAUCUCAGCAGUUACGUCACCGCCGAUGGAGAAAAGAGGUACUUGGCAACGACUCAUUUCGAACCCACGUAUGCACGAUCAGCGUUUCCCUGUUUCGACGAGCCGCAGUUCAAAGCGAAAUUCAAGGUCUCCAUAUUUAGGGAUAGAUUUCACAUAGCGCUCUGCAACAUGCCUGUUGUUAAUACGGAGGAUGCUGGAUUUUAUAUGGGCACCGGUCUUCUUCGAGAUGACUUUCAACAAUCCGUCGAAAUGUCGACUUACUUGGUGGCGUUCGUCGUGUGCGAUUUUAAGAGGAUUUCCGAGAUGACGAAGAGAAACAUUUCUGUGAGCGUUUACACAACAGAAUCGAUGCUUCCUCAAGCGAGAUACGCGGUGGAUAUCGCCACUCGUACGAUGGAUUACUUUGAGUCUUUCUUUGGAGUACAUUAUCCACUGCCUAAACAAGAUUUGAUCGCGAUACCUGAUUUUGGUGCCGGAGCAAUGGAGAACUGGGG